UCUCCCAGAGCACAGGCAUAAAAAUUCUAGCUAAACUUGGCUUAAGCAGAUGGAGGCUAAAACCUUUCUAUGUCAUAAUUAUAGUCUCAUUUUUGAUCCCCAUGAAUCCUCCUGACCUUUAAUUUAUAUUCUAACCCUAACCACAGUCUAUUCUGUCUUAUACUCCAAAUUCAAUUCUAACCCAGCCAUAAUAAUCCCAAUUCUACAUCAACCUUUGAGCUGUAACUGCAUUCUCAAGCGUACCUUUAAAUGAAACUAAAAUCCUAUUCCUUAUCAUAACAUGGAUUCUGGCCAUCACACUUAACCUCAGUUAUAGUGGUUAUGCUAACCCUAAUCUCAACCUUAAUUCCCAUCUCAACCUCAAAUCUGACCUCAGCCCCAUUCAUGAUUCCAACUAACCCCAACCUUCACCCCAGCCUUAAUCCAGCCCUCAUCUCAACUCUGACAUUGGAUGAAAUCCAGAACCCAAUGAAACUCCAACCCUACACUUCAAUUUAAUGAAAUAACAAUCCUACUCCUUUCUUUUCAGUCUCCCUCUUCCUGGUCCCACCUGUUGUCCCUUUCACCCAUCACUGACCUUGCAUGCUUUGUCCCCAUAGGUGGGCCUAGUAACCUGUAAGGUCACCAAGCUGUUUUUCUUGGACCACUCUGGAUCGAGAAUCAGUAUGCCUGGAUGUUCCCCAAAAGGCCCUAGCAGCUUCACCUGAACUGAAUUCUUGUUUCUCCAGGCUUCUGUUCCCAUUUUAAAAAGUGCUUUCCAGAAUGUGCAGGGCAAUCCUAUGAACCUCAAAAUAAUAAGGAAAUGAGGAUAUUCAUUGUGUUCAUUGUGUAUAAUAAGGAAAUGAGGAUAUUCAGGGUCCCAGAACACCCUGUUAUUGUUGGAGGUGUGGGUGGGGGGGGUUUGGAAUAUAGUGAUGCAUGGGUUCCUUGUGCUUCCUUAUUGUUCUGUCUUAUUUUUCCUGGAGGGGCAGGCCCUGGCAGUGUCCUUGAGUCUCAUAACCCUCCCCAAGAUUCUUCCUCCUAUCCUUCUUGUGCCCUCUAUCAGGGAGAAGGGUGGGCUGUUGAACAGGGUCACUCAUGACCUGACCCACCUCUCCUAAAGCCCACGGGAGGCCUCGGGCCUAUUCUGUCCCCCCUGGACCAACUAGCAAGGGUUGUCCCCCACUUUCCCCCUCUGCCCACCAGAAGCAUCCCACCCCAGCUCUAACCUGCCCAGAACUUGCUGGCUUAUGCCCUGAUGAACAGUCUAAGUGAUGAGGGACCUUGGUUUCCCUUCCUGUGUGAAGCAAGGACACCAAACACUUACUAAAAGAAAUGCACACAGGGGGCUUAGCCUUCCUCAGUAGAGAUAUAGCACAUUCCAGUGAGUGGGCACACACAUAGGCAUGCCCCCUUCCCUUGCCCUCUUGGUGCUAUUCUCCCCAACAUCCCCUCACUAACCCAUGUACUUGCUGUGCUCCCUGCACAUAGCUUGGUCUUUCUCCUUCAGGCCUCACUGAACUGGUUUUAGUUCAGUGUGGGAGGUUGGGCUGGAUCCCUAUAAUACCCCCACUUCCAGUGAUCCCCUACAUUCAAGGAUGACCUUGCAUCAGGUAUGGGUUGGGUGCAUAGCUCCAGAGGGGGCAGCCAGGAGAAGACCCUGAUCCCAAACACACCCCUUUCCUCUCUCAUUUAGCUUAGGAGGGCUGACUCCUUUUGAAGGGCCAGAGGCCUCAGGUAAAAGGCAGGUUGGGCAUUCCUGGGUCCCAUUCAUCUGCCUGGGCCUUCCUUCCAGCCCUAGUAUCCCCUUCCCUGGUGUUCCUUCCCACUGACCUGGGUAGGGUGGAGGGGGGUAUCUGUCAGUAGAUCAGGAACAGGAGGGGCCACGAUUUGUAAAGUGUGUCAGACUCCGGUACCCUGGGGUCAGUGUUAACCCUACAAAGCUUGGACACCCUUCCUCCUCAAGCCUGGCUACUCCUUCCUCUUCCAUUUCCCCUGAGGAAGAAGGCAACAAACCUGAGUAGUGAGAGGAGCUCAUGCAUGUCAUAAAAUGGGGUGACUGCUGUCACCUGAGGAAGAUGGGGCCAGGAGGAAGUGGAAGUUUAACAGGAGCCUAAUUAUAAGUCCCACUGGCAAUCCUGCCUCACUCUCUGGACAGGGAAGAGCUUGGGUGAUGGCUGGGUAGGCCAUUCUGUCACCCUGAUAAUUAGGGUUUUUGGGACUCCUCCCUGAGGCGGGGACCAGGCCCCCUCCCUUCCAUACAAAUAACUCUGGCUGUUCCCCAGCCGAGCACUCAUUGCACCUUCUUGCCACCCUGGGCAGCAUCUGGGUCCUCAGCUCCCCCCUCUUCUACCCAUUCCCACAAACGCAGUACCACGGCCCGGGCCGCCCUGGCCCCACAGCCACCAGCCCAGGGAUACCCAGCCCAGGCGGAGGAAACACCGAGCCUAGAGACAUGGGAGUUCGAGGAGCAUUCCACCUUCUACUCGUGUGCUUGAGCCCAGCACUGCUGUCCUCUGUGCGGAUCAACGGGGAUGGCCAGGAGGUCCUGUACCUGGCAGAAGGUGACAAUGUGAGAUUGGGCUGCCCCUAUGUUUUAGACCCUGAGGAUUAUGGUCCCAGUGGGCUGGACAUUGAGUGGAUGCAGGUCAAUUCAGACCCCUCACCUCGGGAGAAUGUGUUCCUUAGUUACCAGGACAAGAGGAUCAACCAUGGCAAUCUCCCCCACUUGCAACAGAGGGUCCGCUUUGCAGCCUCAGACCCCAGCCAAUAUGAUGCCUCCAUAAACCUUAUGAACCUACAGGUAUCUGACACAGCUACUUAUGAGUGCCGGGUAAAGAAGACCACCAUGGCAACUCGGAAGGUCAUUGUCACCGUCCAAGCUCGACCUGCAGUGCCCAUGUGCUGGACUGAUGGCCACAUGGCACAUGGCAAUGAUGUGGUGCUGAAGUGCUUUGCCAAUGGGGGCACCCCACCUCUUUCCUACAAGUGGGCCAAGAUCAGUGGGCACACCCACCCCUACCGUGCAGGAUCCUAUCAUUCCCAGCACAGUUUCUACUCUGAACUGUCCUACCAGGAGUCCUUACACAGCUCCAUAAAUCAAGUUUCAGGUCUAUUGAACAACGGUGACCUGGUGUUGAAGGAUAUCUCCCGUGAGGACGAUGGGCUGUACCAGUGCACAGUGGCCAACCAUGUGGGCUACAGUGUAUGUGUGGUAGAGGUGAAGGUCUCAGACUCCCGGCGUGUUGGCGUGAUCAUCGGAGCAGUGCUGGGCUCUUUGCUCUUGCUGGGCUGUCUGCUGCUGGGCAUCUGGGGGCUCAUCUGCUGCUGCUGUGGGGGAGCUGGGGCCGGCUGUGCCCGCGGUGCCUUCAGCUACAGCAACGGCGGCAGUGGAGGGGCCUGUGGAGACUUGGCUAAUGAGAUCAGAGAGGACGCCGUUGCACCUGGGUGCAAAGCCAGUGGGCGCGGCAGGCGCCUCACCCACCUGCUGGGGUACCCGACUCAGACCGUCAGCCGUUCUCUGCGCCUCAAGUAUGCGCCUCCGCCCAGCGGUGGCCAGGAGGACGUGGCCCUGGCGACCCGCACAGCUGCUGCUGCCUGCGAAGCGGGCCCUUCCCAGGUUUAUGUCAAAGUCACCAGCACCGAGCCCACCGACUGCGCCCAGGGGUCACUGCCGGGCAAGGACGGCCUGUUGGUGUGAGCCAGGCUGUGCUCCGGCAGGAAAAGGGUGCCGGCUCCCUAUGUCGCCGCAGGGGACAAACUCGGGCUGCUCAGACCCCACCUGCCCAGGCCACCUGGAGGCUGUGGACUGAAAGCAUUUCCCUUCAGAAAUGAGUAGGGAGGCAGAGCCUUGUCCCCAAAGUAGGAGGGGGCAGGGCGGGCAGAUAAUGUCUACCAGGAGCCCUCUCCGCAAAACCCGCCCCCACUUCCCCCGCCCCAGGCUCCCGGAGAAGGAAGAAGUGUCUGAAAGAGACUGAGACCAGAGAGGCCCAGUAUCCCCAGCCAAGGAAGAGGUUCCCAGGGCAGGGCGGGUAUGGGUCUGGCCUGAGCUGGUCUAUGUGUGAGAUCUGAGCUCUGAGGCGGCAGUUUUUAACACAA